AUGGUCGAAGAAAGGGCGCCGAAUAACGAUAUCCCUUGCAUUCCUUCCAUCCCAAUGGACCCAUCCCGAGUAGCACUGGCAUACACACCAGAUUGCAUCUGGCGCAAUCGAACAACUUUCUUUUCGGGAACUGAGAAGAUCGUGGAAUUCUUAACCGCUAAAUGGAAGCGUGAACACAAUUAUCGUCUGCGCAAGGAACUCUUCGCGUUCAGUGAUGACCGUAUUGCCGUCCAGUUCUGGUACGAGUAUCAGGAUAUUGAUGAUGGGAUGCGGUGGAAGAGAUGCUAUGGGCUGGAAGACUGGACUUUUGAUUGGGAGACUGGGAAGAUGUGUAAACGCAUGAUGAGUGGCAAUGAUCUGCUUCUCGGGCCGGACGGUAAUGGAGAAGGGCGGUGGUUCGUUGAAGGGACUGAUGUCAAUGAAGUUCCCAUUAGCGACCGGCACUGGUAA